AUGGCAUUCCCACAGAUGAAAAAAAGGUUUUCAUUGUUUAGUUCACCUCCUUUAGCACCACAAAUUUUAAGUAAUGCAUCAUCAUUAUUAACCACACCACAAGAGAUACGUGAGGAUAAUAAACCUACAUCUGAUGAGAUUCGUAAAUCAUUUGAAAAUUUAGAAAAACUCGUUUUGACCGCGGAUGAAUAUAGAGAUUGUGUGAACAAAUUAAGUAAAAUUUCCAAAAAUUUCAGUAAAUGUUUAAAAGAUUAUGGUAAUUGUAAAGGGAUUGAUAAAUCUUAUGCGCAAUUUUACGAGAAUCACGCAGAAGUACAAGCCAAACUGUACAAAGCUUUGCAAAAAGAAUUCGAAAUUCUACAAAGAUUCUGGGAUAAAUAUUCAAAGAAAGUUGCAAAAUAUGUCGCUUCGUUGACAUCCAUCAGUACAGACGUUGCACGGUUACGAACAGAAUAUGCAGAGGAAGUGAUGAGACGAGAGAAGCAUACUCAUUCUGUGAUAUCGCAAAUUAUUUGCAGAUUUACUGAAGGUCAAUUCGCUUCAUUUAAUGAUUCAUUGAAGAAGUGUGGACCGAGUAUUACCAAGGUGAAAGAAUGGACGCCUUUUGCCGGACAAGACAUACCUUUACCACUGGAUCUUGAUGGUUUUUUGGAAAUGCAAACCAUGACUUUACCUGAGACUUCAAUAUCAGAAAUGCAAAAGGUUGCUAUGAGACAUAAAACUGCACCAUCACCAACAGAAACUCCAUCUAUAGAAUCUAAUCCCGCUCCCAUUAUAAAUGAUAUUAAUGAAUACGAGAACGAAACAAUCACUCCCGCUCCCCCAAUUGUUACCGAGGUUGCCAAAUCAUCUAAUAGCGUCCCAAAUUCAAAAAAAAAGCUUUCGAACGAUAGUCAUUUAACUCCAAAUUUACUUUCUAGUUUAUCAAUAGGUAUUCACGAUAAUGACAAUCCGUUCUUUAGGGAUGGCAGUAAUAUGAUUAUAAAAACCGGAGAAAAGGAUUCCACAAAACUCGAAGAGAAUCAUGCAAGUUCAUUAAGCAUAACUAAAAGUAACGAUAAAAUAUUAUCAUUAAAAAAAGAUCAAUUAAAGAAUGAGAAAAAUAUUAAUGGUUCGGAUAUCGAUAAUGAAAAUGAGUUUAAUGAACCCAAUGAUAAAUACUAUUCAAAUGAAUAUCACGUUAUGGACAUUGAAAGAAUAGCAAAUGAUAGUCCUGCACCAAGUUUUGAAACUGAAAGGCUUGUAAGAUCAUUUCCUAUCGAUUUGCCUGUGAGAUCACAACCAUCGACUCCAACAAAUUCACCGAGUGAGAAAUCAAGUGUAUUUUAUAAUAUGAAGACAGAUCAUUUAUCAGGAUAUAUACGCGAUUUGGACUCUAUAAUAAAUAGUAACACGGAUCAUCAAGGAACGCACCCGUACCAUGAUGAGAUUCAU